AUGUCCGGAAGAGCCAAAUCCGAUGCCACGCUGGGCUUGUCACCCAGCGAAACAAAGCUCAUGCUCCUGGCCGGCUAUUUCGCGAGCGAACAGCAAAAGAUGGACUACGAAAAGCUCGCCCAGAUGUCUGGCUACAAGAAUGGCGCCACUGCGAACACUGUCUACCGUAACGCAAAGCGCAAGUUGGCUGAAUAUAUCGCUACGAAUCCCGCCAAUGGCGGUGGUGCGAGUAGUACCCCCGACGAUACGCCCUCUGCGACUCCAAAGAAAGCACCUACCAAGCGCAAGACUGCCGCCAAGGGUGGUGAGGAUAACAGAAACGGUGGUGUUGAGGAAUCGCCCACCAAGCAAAAGAAGCAGCGAACUCCCGCGAAAGAGGCUAAGGUGAAGGAGUUUAAGGAUGAGAGUGGUGACGAGCCUAGUACUCCCUCCGCGCGACCUUUGAAGAUGGAAGAUGAGCUGUUUCCGUAUGUCAAGUUGGAGAAUUGUGCGGCUUGA